AUUGUGCAUACAAGCUUACUGUGUCAAGAUUUCUCUCAUAUGAUCCUUUGAAGUCCCGCGGCGAAGGGAUCAGGGAGUCGCGGACAGACAGUGAGACGUUGCUUCUAAACAUCAACGGAUUGUGACCCAUACCAUAACCCCGUAUUUUACGAUCUUUGUCGGCGCGAAUCCUAAUUUUCCUUCUGGUUAUGCAUCUCCUCGGUUCGCCUUCUGCUUCAUCUGCUUAAGCUGGUCGAUGGCGUUGACCGUUUCUCAUUUCUGAUACUUCAGUCAAAAGAACAAUCUCUAUGUCAGUUGCACCAGUUGAGAGUAUUGCCUCACUAAGCAGUGAUCUAUUCUAUGACAUAUUACGUCGUCUUGAUGGUCCAACUUUGGCUAGUGCUGCUUGUACCUGUGCAGCAUUCUGUUCCAUUUCAAAAGAAGAGAGUUUAUGGGAAAAUGUAUGUUCAUCCAUGUGGCCUUCAACCAAUAGAGAGGAUGUCAAAAGUUUAAUAUCAUCUAUUGGUGGGUUCAGAAAAUUCUAUGCAGAUUGUUUCCCACUUAUCGUAAACAAGGAGGUCGUGGAGCAUCAACCGAGUUAUGAUCUUGAAUACCCUGAAGACUGGACUGAGGCUGAAUAUUACGGGGAAAUGAAUGAAUAUGAAAGUACAUCUCCGUUAGAUUUUGUUUCUAUUGUAGAUAUCAGGUAUAAAGAUAAGCCAAUCUGUUCCAAAGUAUUAUGGGGAAUUCCAAAUGCAAAUGGCUUCAAUGGUUGGUUUCACAACUGCCCUUUCCGGAUUGAUCUCCUCACUUACGCGGAUAGAGACGAUAACAAUGAUGGAGUGGUCACCCUUUCUGAAUCUGAUGGUCUACCACCAAUUACCUCCAUGGAAAGAGAGAGGAAAGAUGGGAAGCUGUGGCGGGAGCUUCGGGAGGGGCUCCAGCUUAGUUGGAUAAUUGUAAACAGAAAAAUGAAGCAAGCAGCUAAUCUUGCUAGCUGGAGUCCCCUUGGUGGUCAGAGACAUUGGCCAACUGAUAAGGAUUUUGUGAUCCGCUUUGGAUCCGUUCUUCCUGCCAAGGACAUUCUUCCUUGUCAGGUAGUGGAAUGCAUCCUUAUUAUGAAGUUCAGAAUGGUUCACAGCGAAGAGGAAGGAGCCCAAACAACUCUUAGAUUAACAGAGCUGAGCAUGCAGUUGGAAGACAUGGAAGGAGCUCAUGUUAAUGGAAGAAACAGCUUGCUUAUUCUUAAGGAAGCUCUUAGCUGCAGAAGGAGCAAAAAUUAUAGUGAAGUACUCGAGUCGUGUCGAAUGUAUUCAAAAGUACAGAAUGAGUUAAGAGAGGAGAAAAUGAGGAACGAGAGUAGGCUGGAUAGGCUCUGUAUUCUAAGUGGCAUUGCUGCUUUCAUGACAUUCUGGUACUGUGUAUUGUGAAAUGCUAAUGUUCCUCUAACAAAUGCUCGGCUUAGGCACUCCUGUAUGUAACAUCUGAUUUUGCUUACUUUAUAAGAGGUUCAUCGUUGGACCUUCCCUGGCUUGAGCUUUGAAA